AUGCGGGGGAAUCAGAGAGGGCCGUACAGACAAGGGAGGGCGAGGCAGGAGCGGGUACUUUGCUGCAGGUUGAAGGAGGUGCGAGUGAGUGGGUGGGGUCCGCCUGCCCUCUCCGCCUCCCCUCUCCGCCUCCCCUAUCCGCCUCCCCUAUCCGCCUCCCCUCUCCGCCUCCCCUCUCCGCCUGCCCUCUCCGCCUCCCCUCUCCGUCUGCCCUCUCCGCCUCCCCUCUCCGCCUCCCCUAUCCGCCUCCCCUAUCCGCCUCCCCUCUCCGCCUCCCCUCUCCGCCUGCCCUCUCCGCCUCCCCUCUCCGCCUGCCCUCUCCGCCUCCCCUCUCCGCCUGCCCUCUCCGCCUCCCCUCUCCACCUCCCCUCUCCGCCUCCCCUCUCCGCCUCCCCUCUCCACCUCCCCUCUCCGCCUCCCCUAUCCGCCUCCCCUAUCCGCCUCCCCUCUCCGCCUCCCCUCUCCGCCUCCCCUCUCCGCCUGCCCUCUCCGCCUCCCCUCUCCGCCUCCCCCAUCCGCCUCCCCUAUCCGCCUCCCCUCUCCGCCUCCCCUCUCCGCCUGCCCUCUCCGCCUCCCCUCUCCGCCUGCCCUCUCCGCCUCCCCUCUCCGCCUCCCCUCUCCACCUCCCCUCUCCGCCUCCCCUCUCCGCCUCCCCUCUCCACCUCCCCUCUCCGCCUCCCCUAUCCGCCUCCCCUCUCCGCCUCCCCUCUCCGCCUCCCCUCUCCGCCUCCCCUCUCCGCCUCCCCUCUCCGCCUCCCCUCUCCGCCUCCUUCCACCUCCCUCCUCCCUCACCUCCUUCGACCCUUUGCUGUCCCGUUUUCCGCCUCCCACCACAUGCGCGGCCGUCUAUGUCGCGCCGCGUACGAGAUGGACGAUGCAACGUCGCACCGUAAGCCGGCGCGCGCGCGUUUAUCUAGCCAUGCGAUGAUGCGCGCGCGACAAUCUCGCCAGGCGACGUUGCGCGACCAACCGUCGCGCGAGCGCGGACAGCCGCAUAACCGUUCGAAGAAGCGCGGACAGCUGCAUAACCGUCGCGCGAGCGCAGACAGCUCGCCAUACGACACGCCUUGCCGUUCGACGAACGCCAAACGCCUCUGCGCGACGGUCCACGGACGAUCGUUGCGACGAAGCGCGGACAGCCGCAUAACCGUUCGCCGUAGACUGACAACCGUCUCGCGCGAUCAUAAGGAGCAGAGCACGAUCGUCGCGAGCAGAGGACGACGAGAUGGCGACGUCGCAGUGAGUCUGCAACGCGCGUGGCGAACAAGAUACGCGUCAGAAGAGGAUAACAGAAUCAGGCAUGAAAUCGAGAAGCGAUGUCACGCGAAGGAAUAA